AUGGCGGCAUCGCGGGGCGGCGGGGGGCGACCUCACUGCUGGCGGCGCAUCUGCGGCGGUGGAGGGCAGGAGGAGGAGCAGAAGAAGAAGGAGGAGGAAGAGGAGGAGGAGCAGAAGAAGAAGGAGGAGCAGGAGGAGGAGGAGGAGGAGGAGGAGGAGGAGGAGGAGGAGGAGGAGGAGGAGGAGCAGAAGGAGGAGGAGCAGAAGGAGGAGGAGGAGGAGGAGCAAAAGGAGGAGGAGCAAAAGGAGGAGGAGGAGGAGGAGCAAAAGGAGGAGGAGAGGAGGAGGAGGAGCAAAAGGAGGAGGAGCAAAAGGAGGAGGAGGAGGAGGAGCAAAAGGAGGAGGAGGAGGAGGAGCAAAAGGAGGAGGAGGAGGAGGAGGAGGAGGAGGAGGAGGAGCAAAAGGAGGAGGCGGAGGAGGAGGAGCAGCAAAAGGAGGAGGAGGAGGAGGAGCAAAAGGAGGAGGAGGAGGAGGAGCAAAAGGAGGAGGAGGAGGAGGAGCAAAAGGAGGAGGAGGAGGAGGAGCAAAAGGAGGAGGAGGAGGAGGAGGAGGAGGAGCAAAAGGAGGAGGAGGAGGAGGAGGAGGAGGAGCAAAAGGGAGGAGGAGGAGGAGGAGCAAAAGGAGGAGGAGGAGGAGGAGGAGCAAAAGGAGGAGGAAAAGGAGGAGGAGGAGCAAAAGGAGGAGGAAAAGGAGGAGGAGGAGGAGGAGGAGGAGGAGGAGGAGCAAAAGGAGGAGGAGGAGGAGGAGGAGCAAAAGGAGGAGGAGGAGGAGGAGGAGCAAAAGGAGGAGGAGGAGGAGGAGGAGCAAAAGGAGGAGGAGGAGGAGGAGCAAAAGGAGGAGGAGGAGGAGGAGCAAAAGGAGGAGGAGGAGCAAAAGGAGGAGGAGGAGCAAAAGGAGGAGGAGGAGCAAAAGGAGGAGGAGGAGCAAAAGGAGGAGGAGGAGCAAAAGGAGGAGGAGGAGCAAAAGGAGGAGGAGGAGCAAAAGGAGGAGGAGGAGCAAAAGGAGGAGGAGGAGCAAAAGGAGGAGGAGGAGCAAAAGGAGGAGGAGGAGCAAAAGGAGGAGGAGGAGCAAAAGGAGGAGGAGGAGCAAAAGGAGGAGGAGGAGCAAAAGGAGGAGGAGGAGCAAAAGGAGGAGGAGGAGCAAAAGGAGGAGGAGGAGCAAAAGGAGGAGGAGGAGCAAAAGGAGGAGGAGGAGCAAAAGGAGGAGGAGGAGCAAAAGGAGGAGGAGGAGCAAAAGGAGGAGGAGGAGCAAAAGGAGGAGGAGGAGCAAAAGGAGGAGGAGGAGCAAAAGGAGGAGGAGGAGCAAAAGGAGGAGGAGGAGCAAAAGGAGGAGGAGGAGCAAAAGGAGGAGGAGGAGCAAAAGGAGGAGGAGGAGCAAAAGGAGGAGGAGGAGCAAAAGGAGGAGGAGGAGCAAAAGGAGGAGGAGGAGCAAAAGGAGGAGGAGGAGCAAAAGGAGGAGGAGCAAAAGGAGGAGGAGGAGCAAAAGGAGGAGGAGGAGCAAAAGGAGGAGGAGGAGGAGGAAAAGGAGGAGGAGGAGGAGGAAAAAAACUAUAGUAGACGAAGCGGGAGCUACCUGGCGGUACAGCUCAACCCUGGACUCUCGCCAGCAAUGAGUCAGGCACCUCGCCAGAGAUACGGCCUCAUCGUGGUCCCUGGUCCGGCCGUAAAGAUAAAGCACGAAUAA